UAUUUGUUUCUGGUUUUUUCUAUCUUUAACUCCGAUUCUAUCGAACUACUUUUAGGACUGGUUAGAUAAACUUUUGCGUUGAUUUUUAUGAAGAAAUUUGAUGCGUUCUGUUAUAUGUAGGCCACUUUACUUUUAUGUGUGCACUUUUGAGUUUUUGUAAGCAGAUCGAUGAUUUUCCUUUUCUUACAUUUGAUUGAUGGGUAUAGUUUUAAAUUCUACUGCAUAAAAGAUCAUCAACCAAGGACACAGCAUUCUGAUAUCUACUAUCAACAUCUUCUGCUUGUAACUGGUUUACUAUCUUUGAUAGUUUGAUGGUUGUUCUGCUGAUUUGCUUAUGCAGUAUUCUCCCUUUCCCAGAAUAAAGCGAUUCUGUAUAUAUAAAUUAGUAUGUUUGACCAUCUUUCGUCUAUCUAGAAUUCUAAAUAACAACAAACAGAUAAAUCUAGCUGGAAGAAAGCAUUGUUAUCAAUAUUCUGCAAUGAUUGGUAAAGGGAAAAGAGAUGUGGUGACUGAGUUCAUUGAGGGACUUGUAGAAACUUAUCCUGGGUUGCAGUAUUUGGAUGGAUUUCCAGAGGUAAAGGUUGUUUUACGUGGUGAUGUUUCAGGUCCAACAUAUGAAAAAGUUGCUGUUAUAUCAGGAGGUGGGAGUGGGCAUGAGCCUGCUCAUGCUGGGUUUGUAGGGGAUGGGAUGCUCACAGCAGCUAUCUGUGGCGACGUUUUUGCCUCCCCACCUGUUGCUUCAAUUCUUGCUGGCAUAAGAGCUGUGACUGGGCCAAUGGGAUGUCUCCUAAUUGUCAAGAACUACACUGGCGACCGAUUAAAUUUUGGAUUGGCAGCUGAGGAAGCAAAGUCUGAAGGUUACAAAGUAGAGAUGGUGAUUGUUGGAGAUGAUUGCGCUUUGCCACCCCCACGGGGCAUAGCUGGGCGAAGAGGCUUGGCUGGAACCAUUCUUGUCCACAAGAUUGCAGGAGCAGCAGCUGCUUCUGGUCUUCCUCUCUCUGAUGUUGUUGCUGAAGCAAGGCAUGCAUGUGGAGUUGUUGGUACAAUGGGUGUUGCACUCUCAGUUUGCACGCUUCCAGGUCAGCCGAAAUCCGACCGUUUAGGCCCAGGAAAAAUGGAGCUUGGUCUUGGAAUUCAUGGAGAACCUGGUGCUGUCGUGGCAGACAUCCAACCUGUGGAUUUGGUGGUAUCCCAUGUGCUGAAUCGCAUACUCUCAUCAGAGACUAACUAUGUUCCAAUUAAACGUGGGAGUCGUGUUGUACUUAUGAUUAACGGAUUAGGGGGGACACAUGUAAUGGAACUGAUGAUUGCUGCUGGAAAGGCUGUUCCUAUUUUACAGCUGGAACAUGGAGUAGCAGUUGUUAGAGUGUAUACAGGGUCAUUCAUGACUUCUCUUGAUAUGGCAGGGUUUUCAAUAUCUAUAAUGAAGGCAGAGCAAGCAAUUCUGCAACGCCUGGAUGCUGCAACUAAGGCUCCGCAUUGGCCUGUUGGUGUUGAUGGUGAGCAUCCGCCUGCCAAGAUUCCUGUUCCAGUUCCGCCUUCUCGUUCCGCAAAGAAUGAUGAGGUACUGAGUCGACCAGAGCAGCUGAAUGAGCAAGGUCGUGCACUGGAGGUGGCUAUAGAAGCAGCAGUCUCAGCAAUUAUUCAUCUCAAGGACAGUUUAAAUGAGUGGGACAGCAAAGUGGGAGAUGGUGACUGUGGAUCAACAAUGUCUAGAGGCGCAACAGCUAUUCAACAAGACAUGAAGAAGUACUACCCCCUGAAUGAUGCUGCAGAAACCAUUAAUGAGAUAGGAUCAUCUAUCCGAAGAGUCAUGGGAGGAACAAGUGGAAUCCUAUAUGACAUAUUUUGCAAGGCAGCAUAUGCACGGUUGAAACUGAACAGCCAAUCAGACGUUGCUAUUACACCACUCCAAUGGGCUGAUGCAUUUGAAGGGGCCAUCAAUGCUGUUAUGCUAUAUGGUGGGGCUGCUGCAGGCUAUCGCACUAUGCUGGAUGCUCUUAUUCCAGCUUCAACGCUUCUUAAACAGAGGUUAAGUGGUGGUGAUGAUCCAUUGGAUGCAUUUGUUAAGUCAGUUGAUGCAGCAGUUGCUGGAGCAGAGUCUACUAAACAAAUGGAACCUCAGGCUGGGAGAUCAACAUAUGUGAGUGCAGAUAUGCUAACAUCAGUUCCUGAUCCAGGGGCCAUGGCUGCAGCUUCAUGGUACCGUGCGGCCACCCUUGCUUUAAACCACCACAACUCCAAACCACCACCGCCGCCGCCAGCAUAGGCGGGGGUUGGGGCUGGGUGGUAGUACAUUUUUUGUGGAGAAUUUAUGAUUAAUCAUACCAUACCAAUACAAUACAAUACCAAACCAAACAGGAAGGAUCAGGAUCCGCUUAUGCCAUGUGUUGCAUAAAGCUGAGAGACAGACACACAGACAGACAGACAGGGCCAUUCAAACAUAUAUAUUAUAUUAACAUACAAUUAAUGUGACAGAAACUGGAAACGAUUUCGUGAUGAUGAUGAUGAUGUCCAGCAUGGUGUUUGCUAUCUUAACUCUUUCACUCUUAAGCUUUAUCUUUCAUCAA